AUGUCGCGUUUCUUCAAAUCCUUGGGUCUGAAAGCUCUCAAAGUGAUCAAUGCUGCUGCCGCGCUCCACCUUCUCUCGCACUUUGGGACAUUUGCGACAAUGUCGGGCCCGUCAAUGCUCCCAACGCUGGCGGCUGACGGUGAAGUUGGGCUUGAAGACCGGUGGUCUGUUCGACGGAAUCCAGACACGGUUAAGCGGGGGGACAUCAUCACUGUACGGUCCCCGCUUGACCCACGACGCGUCUUGUGUAAGCGCGUGACUGGUCUAGCUGGCGAUAUCGUCUCACUCGACCCCUCCGGCGAGGGUAUAUUGAUUCCACCGGGGCAUAUGUGGAUUGAGGGCGACAACCCCGCGAAUUCGCGCGACUCGCGCAAUUUCGGGCCAGUGCCAAUGGGUCUGAUAGAGGGCAGGCUGGUUGCCAGGAUAUGGCCACCUUCGCGGUUUACAGUAUUUCGCAACCCAAAAGAAUCUACCGCGUGA